UCGGCGGCGGCUGCACCACCAGCAUGGAGACCCCGGGGUAGGGCCCGGCCGGCGGGGAGGCUGCAGCUGGGGCCCCUCCGCCCCUAGAGCCCCUGCCAGCGGUGUCAUCUGUGCGGCAAUAUGCCAGCUCCUGAGCAGACGCCAUUGGUGGAGGAACGUCUGCAGCAGACCACACAGGAAACCUCCAAAGGUCCGGGCAUGGAGCCAGAGACUACUGCCACUACCAUUCUAGCUUCUGUAAAAGAACAGGAACUCCAGUUUCAAAGACUCACCAGAGAGCUGGAGGUGGAAAGGCAAAUUGUUGCCAGUCAGCUAGAAAGAUGUAGGCUUGGCGCAGAAUCACCAAGUAUUGCCAGCACAAGCUCUACUGAGAAGUCAUUUCCUUGGAGAUCAGCAGAUGUGCCAACUACAGAUGUAAGCAAACCCAGAGUGUCCGACAGUGUCCGUAUCAAUACUUACCAGGUUAGAACAGAACCAGAACAGGGGAACCUCUACUCACCAGAACAGACAUCUCUCCAUGAAAGUGAGGGGUCAGUAGGUAACUCAAGAAGUUCAACACAAAUGAAUUCUUAUUCUGACAGUGGUUAUCAGGAAGUAAGCAGUUUCCAUAACAGCCAGAACUUGGGCAAGGCAGAAAAUAGACAGCAGCAUUCACUUACUGGAACCACAAGUAAUCAUUUGGUGAGAAACGCACGGGCUGAAGGACAAACUUUAGUUCAGCCCUCCGUAAAUAUUACUGCCAACCGAGCGAUGAGACGUGUUAGUUCCGUUCCAUCCAGAGCACAGUCUCCUUCUUAUGUUAUCAGCACAGGUGUUUCUCCUUCCAGAGGGUCACUGAGAACUUCUGUAGGAAGUGGUUAUGGUUCUCCAUCAGUUACUGAUUCACGACCCCUUACUUCUAGUGCAUAUUCAUCCACUACAUUACCUGUACAGCGAGCAACAUCUCCCUAUACAACACAGAGACCUGCUUCACCAGCAGCUGUACGGCGGAUCAGUUCAGUCACAUCUAGGCAGGCAGCUAACCCCAGUGGAGGAACUUCUCAAUACCAAGCAUCUGUCAGAGUGGGCUCACCUCUUGCCCUAACUGAUGCACAGACAAGAGUAGCUUCUCCUUCCCAAGCCCAGAUGGGAUCUUCUUCCCCAAAACGCUCUGGCAUGACUGCAGUUCCACAGCAUUUGGGAACAACAUUACAAAGAACAAUUCAUGACAUUGAACAGUAUGGACAGCAAUAUGAUAUCUAUGAGAGAAUGGUACCACCACGUCCAGAUAGCCUUACAGGCUUGAGGAGUUCGUAUGCUAGUCAGAACAGUCAGCUUGGGCAAGAAUUACGAUCAGCUGUAUCUCCUGACCUACACAUCACCCCCAUAUAUGAAGGGAGAACCUAUUACAGUCCUGUGUACCGUAGUCCAAAUCAUGGAGCAGUUGAGCUACACCAAGGGUCCCAGACAGCACUAUAUCGAACUGGGUCAGGUGUUGGAAAUCUACAAAGGUCAUCCAGUCAGCGUAGCACACUUGCAUACCAAAGAAAUAAUUAUCCUUUGAACACAACAGCUGCCUAUGCGGAACCCUACAGAUCAAUGCAGUACAGACUGUCAGAGUCCAGUUAUAACAGGCUACAACAUGCAACGCCAGCAGAUGAUGGUACAACAAGAUCUCCAUCCAUAGACAGCAUACAGAAAGAUCCUAGGGAGUUUGCAUGGCGGGAUCCAGAAUUGCCUGAAGUCAUUCACAUGCUUCAGCACCAGUUCCCAUCAGUUCAAGCAAAUGCAGCAGCCUACCUUCAGCACCUGUGCUUUGGAGAUAACAAAGUAAAAAUUGAGGUAUGUAGGUUAGGAGGAAUCAAGCAUCUGGUUGACCUUUUGGAUCACAGAGUCAUUGAAGUUCAGAAGAACGCUUGUGGCGCACUGAGAAACCUUGUUUAUGGAAAGUCAACUGAUGAAAAUAAAAUAGCAAUGAAGAAUGUUGGUGGGAUACCUGCCCUUUUGAGGUUGUUAAGAAAAUCUAUUGAUGCAGAAAUAAGAGAGCUCGUAACAGGAGUUCUGUGGAACUUGUCCUCAUGUGAUGCAGUAAAGAUGACAAUCAUUCGAGAUGCUCUAUCAACACUAACUAACACUGUGAUAGUUCCACAUUCUGGAUGGAAUAAUUCUUCCUUUGACAAUGAUCAUAAAAUUAAAUUCCAGACAUCUCUAGUUCUGCGCAAUACUACAGGAUGCCUGAGGAAUCUAAGCUCUGCAGGAGAAGAGGCAAGGAAGCAGAUGAGGUCUUGUGAAGGGCUGGUUGAUUCUUUGCUAUAUGUGAUCCAUACAUGUGUGAACACAUCAGAUUAUGACAGCAAGACAGUGGAGAACUGUGUGUGCACACUGAGAAACUUGUCCUAUCGCUUAGAAUUGGAGGUACCUCAGGCACGUCUGCUGGGUAUAAAUGAAUUGGAUGACUUGUUAGGGAAAGAAUCACCCAGCAAAGAUUCAGAGCCAAGCUGCUGGGGGAAAAAAAAGAAGAAGAAAAAACGAACUUCACAAGAAGAUCAGUGGGAUGGAGUUGGCCCUAUACCAGGAUUUUCAAAGUCUCCUAAGGGAGUGGAAAUGCUGUGGCACCCAUCUGUAGUAAAACCAUAUCUAACACUUCUAGCAGAAAGCUCCAACCCAGCUACUUUAGAGGGCUCUGCAGGAUCUCUCCAGAAUCUUUCUGCAGGCAACUGGAAGUUUGCAGCAUAUAUUCGAGCUGCUGUCAGAAAAGAAAAAGGGCUUCCAAUCCUUGUGGAACUUCUGAGAAUGGAUAAUGAUAGAGUUGUUUCUUCUGUGGCAACUGCCUUAAGGAAUAUGGCUUUAGAUGUUCGCAAUAAGGAGCUUAUUGGUAAAUACGCUAUGCGAGAUCUGGUGAAUCGCCUUCCAGGAGGCAAUGGCCCAAACAUAUUGUCUGAUGAGACUGUAGCUGCAAUCUGCUGUGCUUUGCAUGAGGUCACCAGUAAAAACAUGGAAAAUGCCAAAGCUUUGGCUGACACAGGAGGAAUAGAAAAACUGGUGAACAUAACAAAAGGAAGGGGUGACAGAUCAUCGCUGAAAGUGGUCAAGGCAGCAGCUCAGGUAUUGAAUACAUUAUGGCAAUACCGAGACCUCCGUAGCAUUUAUAAAAAGGAUGGAUGGAAUCAGAAUCAUUUUAUUACACCAGUAUCAACAUUAGAACGAGACAGAUUCAAAUCACAUCCCUCCUUAUCUACAACAAAUCAGCAAAUGUCACCUAUCAUUCAGUCAGUUGGCAGCACAUCUUCAUCGCCAGCACUGUUAGGAAUUAGAGAACCUCGUUCUGAAUACAAUAGGACACAACCUUCUAUGCAGUAUUACAAUAGCCAAGGUGAUGUCGUUACACAUAAAGACAUAUAUACUGGGUCCAGCAAACCUUCACCAAUUUACAUCAGUUCCUAUUCCUCACCAGCAAGAGAACAAAACAGACGGCUACAGCAUCAGCAGUUGUACUACAGUCAAGAUGACUCUAACAGAAAGAACUAUGAUGCAUACAGAUUGUAUUUGCAGUCCCCACAUAGCUAUGAAGACCCCUAUUUUGAUGAUCGAGUUCAUUUUCCAGCUACCACAGAUUACAUGACACAAUAUGGACUGAAAUCAACCACAAAUUACGUAGACUUCUAUUCCACUAGACGGCCCUCUUACAGAGCAGAACAAUACCCAGGGUCACCUGAUUCUUGGGUGUAGCAUCAGAAAGUCACGCAGAGGAAUGCUACAGCUUCUCGUCUUGCUGGGGAAGAAAUGGAAUGGCCGGUUUGCUGUUUGGAUGUUUAAUUGUGAAAGUGAAGGGAAAGGAUGAACAAGGAGGAGCUUUUUUCAAGGACUUAUCAGGAAGGUGAGAGAGAAAUUGGACGGGAGAACUUCUUGCUCUGUUUAGACAUUAGAUCUAAUUGUAGUUCCUGUAGUCUGGUGAAGGUAUGGGCCAUGUGAUGAAAGGUUUGAGAAUUGAGUACAAUGAAUUUGGAAAAUGUGUGGGUCAGAUAAAAUUCAAGCUGAUUUUUAAAAUGUGAAUAAAAGUCUUGUUGUGAUAGUUUGUACAGAAGAAUAAAACGGAUGCCCUUCUCGUUUUAUUGCUAUUACUAAAUGUUGAGAUUGUCUGCUCUUACGUCUUGUAAAUUUCUUUCACUGGUGUAAAUAUGGAAAGCUCACAUUGGUUAAAAGUGCCAUCAUUUGUUAUCCAGUGUUUCAUUUGAAAACAGAUAUGGAAAGCUGACAUCUUUAAACAAAAAAGGAAAAUACAAGGAACUGUUAUAAAUUUAAAAAUAGAUCAUUUUUGUUUUUGAAAUGAAUAGUGUAAUUUUGAAGCACAAAGUACAGUCACGUAUAUCUACACUUUUCUCAUUCCCUGCCUCUUUCAUAGGAUACUUCACUGCCAUUUUCGAGAAAAAUAAAUGUGGAAGUCUCAUCCAUGGAAAGUUGUUUCCUGCUCAUUUUUUAUUUUCUGUGUGUAAUAUACAAAAACAAAUACAACAAAUGUGAAUUCUAAUUGGAUGUUGUAAGAAGUUUAAAUAUCUCACACCAUUUUGGCCAUUUUCCCAGUUUUGUAUAGUUCGUACAUUUAUUGUUUGUCAAGCAGGUAUACCAAAGCAUGAAAUUAUGCACUUGCCUCCCUUGGUUUUUUUUCUCUAGCCUAGUGUUUUUAUUUUCUGUGUUUGGUGGAUCCAGGAUAUUUCACAGUUUUAUUGUGUUUCUGCCAGAAAAAAAGUUGGAAUAGAUUUAAGCCCCUUUGUUUACUUCACAGAAAUUUCAUCCAACAACCUGACCAUCUGGCCUAUAUUCCACUUGCUCCAUUUAGAAUUUUUGUGUAGAAAACAGUAAUAAAUCAUGCAUUUGUCCCAUGCUAUUCAUUCUACUAACCUUUUUAUAUGCAUUUAUUAAAAUAUCCGUUUGCCAUUGUUUCACUUCCUUUGUAGAGCUCAAAGUGCUUUACAAGUAUCCCCAUUUCACUGUUGGGGUAAUUGAGGCACAGAAAGGUGAACUGAAUUGCUUACAGUCGCACAGCAAGUGAGCUGAUAGAAUUCAGUUUUCCUGACUCUGUCUGCUAGUACACCGCUGCCUCUGUGUUAGUGAAUGAAAAAUUCCCAACAAAAUUAAUAAGAAGUUAUAGGCCAAACUCUGACAGCUCUGCAACCCAUCCCCCACACAGGUUACCAUAUGGUUGCAUAGGUAUAAUCAUGGGCACAAUUUGCCUCCCAUGUCUGCAGAUGGUGCCUUCUGUUUCCAAAAAGACCUAUUUUUAAUGCAGAAUGUCUUAAUUUAUUCCAUUUUUAGUCUAUUGUUAUUAGGAGCCACCUCUGAACAGAUCAUUUAGCAGGCUGUUAACUAACUGUCAUCAUAGCAAUUUACAGCUCUUGGGUGCAGAGAAUAUAGCCCAAAGAGUGGUAAUUCCACUGAGCCACCCCUAUGGGUUACUCAUAUGUUUGUGUGUAUUGUCUGUUUAAAAAAUUGACUGUAAACAUCUAAACGUGUGGUGAUGGGCUCUGUACAAAUAUCUAAUAAAAUAAUAAUACCUCAUAGUGCUAUACUGUGUUAA